AUGGAUGGUAACAAAGAUGACGCGUUGAAAUGCUUGAAAAUCGGCAAAGAUGCGAUGGAAGCAGGAGAUAGAUCUCGCGCUUUGAAGUUUCUGGAGAAAGCUCGUCGUCUCGAUCCGAGUUUACCGAUCGAUGAUCUCGUUUCGGAUCUGAAGAAACAGUCCGAUGAACCAGCGGCGGAGGAGGAUUCGUCUGGAUCUGCCGCUAAGGAGUCGCCUAAGCCGUCUCUUCGUCAACGUGGAUCUUCUUCAACCGCCGCGGGGUCGUCUUCAUCAUCAUCGUCUUCGUCUUUCACGGAAGAACAACGAGCGAUCGUGAAGGAGAUAAAAGCGAAGAAGGAUUACUAUGAGAUUCUUGGAUUGGGGAAUACAUGUUCAGUUGAAGAUUUGAGGAAAGCAUAUCGAAAACUCUCGUUGAAAGUACAUCCCGAUAAGAACAAAGCUCCUGGUUCAGAAGAAGCUUUCAAAUCAGUCUCUAAAGCAUUUCAAUGCUUAAGCAACGAAGAAAGUAGGAGGAAGUACGACGUUAGUGGUUCCGAUGAGCCUGUUUAUCAACCUAGACGAUCCGCGAGAAGAAACAACGGAUUCAACGGUUUCUACGACGAUGAAUUUGAUGCUGAUGAGAUUUUCAGAGCCUUCUUCGGUGGAGGAAUGUCUCCUGCUACUACACAAUUCCGAUCAUUCAAUUUCGGAGCUGGAAAUCGAACAGCUGCUAAUCAAGCUUCUGAUACAGGAUUCAAUCCUCGUGUGCUAUUCCAAUUGCUUCCUGUUCUGUUCAUACUACUACUCAAUUUCAUGCCUUCUCCUCAACCGAUUUACUCCCUUUCGGCAUCGUACCAGUACGACCACAAAUUCACCACGCAUAGAGGGGUCAAUUACUUUGUGAGAUCAGCCAAGUUCGAGCAGGAAUAUCCAAUCAAUAGUCCUGAGAGACAGAGGGUCGAAGAGCAAGUUGACAGAGAUUACUUGUCUGUAUUGGGUCAGAAUUGUAGGUAUGAGCUUCAGAGACAACAAUGGGGGUAUAUCCGAGAAACGCCACAUUGCGAUAUGAUGCGGAGGUUCGAUAAAGCUGCUGCAUAA